UCCGCGACGCGAACUUUCACCCGGUCGGCGGUAUCGUGCGCGUCGCGUCGCGUCGCGGCGCGAUUUACAAAGUUGUUACGCGUUUCGUUUUGUAAACCGACGUGCUCGAGGCGGAAAAAAAAGGAAGGCCCGUAUCGUCAUCUCACCUCGAACGAACCUCGGAUACGCGGUAUGAAAAAAAACGUGGCCUACGUGCGACUACGAAAAAUGUGCAGUUAACUUUGGAACUUGGAAACGUUGAAUCUUCGGAACUUUAUUUCCGAACUUUAUUCACGCCAGAGUGGAAUUUGCGGCCAGCAAGGAAAUGAAGAUUAAUCCAAACUGGAGUACACACGUUUGGCUAAACAUAUCUUCAGAUUAGAGUUACGCGCGUGCAAAGGAUGAAAGAAUGCCUUUUUCUCGAGGACGGUGCCGUACAGGCGAAUUAAAGUCGCGUCGCGACGCUGACACUGAUUUCAUCUGAUCCGAUCAAGCCCGCGGGCGAACGCGUGCACGCGAAUGGAAAAACUGUUGGGAAAAACAAAAGUUGCGGGCGACCGAAAGCGUCACUGCCUCUAAUUUUAAUUUCACCGGCCGUCCGGUCUAUAAACCGCGCUUUCGCGUUUUCGGUUACUCGAUCGCGCGAUGAAACCAGCCGGCCGGAAGAAUUUCGAUGCUGUCCCCGGAAUUGCGGCGAGCCGCUCUUAACCCGGAUAGAGCCGCGAAGGAAGAAGAGAAUUGUUGGCAAAAUCGCCGCCAGUCGCCGAGGAAACUGGGUGAAAAUUACGAAUUGUGGACCGGAGGGUGCGCGAGCGCCGCCGAGCGAUGGAUUUUGUGCUGCUGCUCCUCGUGAUGCUGCUGAGGCAAGAGGUCGCUGCUCUGAAGCUACUUCACAUAAAUGUUCCGGCGUACACCCUCAGGGGCAGGAGUGCGCUUCUAGAAUGCAGAUAUGAUCGGGAGAGAGACCAUCUCUAUGGUAUUACAUGGUACAAGGACCACGAGGUAUUCUACAAAUACGUACUCCGAGAUAAAAAUCCCCACGUCUAUGACGUCAAUGGUGUUAAAGUUGACAAAUCUCGCUCGAAUGAUCAGAUAGUGACGCUGCAAGACGCAAACCUUCAUGCCACCGGCAUGUACAAGUGCGAAGUUAACGGGGAGGGGCCGAGCUUUAAUACAGUCAGUGCCGAGGCGAGAAUGGAGGUCAUAGCACUACCUCAAGAAAGGCCAACGAUAACCGGAGAAGAAAAGGUGUAUGCCAGCGGAGACGUGCUCGCGCUGAAUUGCACCAGCGGCAAGUCCCAUCCUGCCGCAAAACUCAGAUGGUUCGUUAAUGGCCAGCAGGUGAAGCCCGAUUCGGACUUGAUAUUCGAACAGCACGGGCUAUACUCGACGAUAUCGAGUCUACUGCUCGAGCUGGAGCCGGGUCAUCUCGCCAGCGACAAGAUAAACGUCAGGUGCGAGGCGACGGUACGAUCGAGCCACGAAGUUGAGCCGUUCGUCGAUAUUCGCAAUACCGAGGUCUUUGUUCAAGGUCUCGCAACCCUGACGGCGCCAUCGCUUUGUCUUUUGAUAGCUGCAGUAUUACAACGAUUUCUGCUGCCUGUGUAGAAUCUUCCGGCACGAUGAGAGUAUCAAGCUGACUAACGUGAGAGAAUAAUAGGAAAGCGGAUCACGGAGGAACCGGAAGGCAAAGAAUGACCAACGUUUCGUGACGAAAGACAAUCAUAUCUUAAUACGAAGCGAACUACGACGAGAAAUCGCGGGGGAUUCGCGUCCUCGCGAUUUUUGCACGUCGCUGCGCCUUCUCGUUAAACCGAAGGAAAAUAAGCAUUGAUCCGCUCGUCGUUACUCUCGAGAGUACACAUUCCCCCAUCUUUCCAACACGCAUAAAAUCCUAGAUAGUCUAAUUAAUUACGGAAGAAAAUACGCGAUAACCAAGUGGGCAUCCACAAAGUUCUCGCACGUGCGAGGAACUCCUCCUUGACGCUCGUCUAUUCUGUUAGGAUCGAUAUCUGCGUCGUUACUCGUGAAAUAGAUUCAAAUCGGCCGCACUCAGGGGUUCAAACUUUCGAUAACGAGAAGAAACUUUUCGAACUUUCCAUCUUAACGAUAUAAGUUGGAAAAUGAACUGAUUCUAUAGCCGUAAAAUAAAAUUUGAAUAAAAUUUCAUUAACAAAUUAUUAUGGAUUUAACAGAAACUGCAAAUUGGACUGUCACUUGAUACUAUUACAUAAAAUGAAACAUUGAUUUCUUACUUUCUUCGGAAGUUCGAACCCCGCAUGAAUCUUUAUUUUUUAUUAAUAGUUCCCAAAGAAGUACAAUCAAUCGGAAUCAUGGAUGAGAAAUAAGAUUUUAUGCCGACAAAGGGAAGAAAAGUAAGUAAUUCAAUACUGUAUCAGAUAACACUCGCGAGUUAAUUAAGAAUUUAAAGUCUACACCAAGAAAAUUUAAUGAGCUAAAAAUACAUCCAGAGAUUCCGAUAACGAUAUAUAUCGAUUCCCACAUGCAAUUUUCGUUACAAUGCGAGACUUUUGACAUUUGCGAUAUUUUUUCGUCGAAAUAAUAUGCAAAUCUCGUGUUUUGUAUUUUCGUUUUUCAUUUCUUUUGCUUAUGUUUGAAUCAUAAACAUGAUUCAAAAAUAUAUAAUCUGAAUAAAGAGACAGAAAUGAUAACGUAUACGGAAAAAAAUAUCUCGGGGAAGUAGUUUUAAAAAACGAUACAUAAUUUUCUGAACGUGAUAUAUUGCAAGUUUUUAAUUUGCAAAUCUUCCCGUGAUAUAAUGAUAUGAAAUUUUUGCAACCAGGAGAAAUCAAUUUAAAAACGUCGAGAACGUUGUACCUCAGGGUUCGGAAACCAUCUCAGCGUGAUACCGUUGUCAGUGAUAACAGGCGCAGCAGUUGUCGAGAUGCAAUCGUUAUCGAUUGUAUACGUGCCGCGGUCGAGUGUAAAUAUAUACAACAACAAGGUAGGCACACAUUUUCAUCGAGCCCCGUCGUAAGCUUCCUUCAUUCUAAUUAUAACUUUUAAUUGAUACGUGUAAUUAAAAUAAUAAGCCAAAAAGAAAUGAAUCUCCGAUUGCACAAUCACCCACCCUUUUUGCUGCAAAAUACUUUAUCACACCGAAAAACCCGCUAAAUGAAUAAGUGCAAAAAAGAGAAUCUCUCUGGGGUAAACAGUAAUCCAGAAGUGCAUUUAUUAUCAUAGAAAAGAAUAUCGUUAGAAAAUCUUGAAAGAAUUUAUUCAUCGUUAUAUUAUAGAUAAUGCUUGCUUCAUCAGUUUUUGAUAUCGUUUUAUAUGUGUCCACAAGUCAUUCAAGAAUUAUUAAAAUUCAUAUUAUAUUUAAAAUCGAAAACGUGAUAAACACCGUAGUUCGUAGUUGAUCGAAUUGAAAAAAAAAAAAAAACAAAAUGAAAUUGAAAAAGUAUUCACAUUUCAACUGUGAAUGUUUUAUCUAAAAAUAUUUUGGAAAACAUUUAAUUAUUUUGUAUUUAACUUUUAUGAAAAGACAAAACAAAGUUUAUUCAAACACUAUACGAUAAUUUAUUCAUUUGAUAGUUGGUUAAUCGAUUAAAGAUAACAUCAAUGAAUGUAAAUUCGUAAAUUGACAAAUAAAAAAUCAUAGUCUUGUAAAAAAAUUAAGGAAUCCAUUGGCUUGCUGUUUGCUCUAGGCGUUUCAACACCUGCGAGAUCGUACAAGCGCAUAAAAUGCGUAACGAACAUCAGCGCUGCAGUGUUGCGCGAAGUGUUUAUUUUUUUUUAUCGCGUAAACACACAUGUAUAUAAACAUAUAUGCACGAACGGUAGCAGCCGCCAUCAACGAUCGCGAGCGAUCGGAAAAUAUGAUUCAUACGCGUAAGCCGAUUAAUUUACAAAGUUCAACGUACACACGGCUGACGUAGAUAUUUAUACAGGACUCUCCGCGGAAAUGCGUUAUUUUUUCACCCGAGAUUAAUAGUUGUUAUAUUUCUGCGUUUCGCUGUGUUUUCGCGUGUCUCGCUGGUACAGUUGUGCGUCGUCGCGAUCGACAGAUCGACGUAAAUAAAUAAAUGUUCACAUAAUAAAUGUAAUAACCAGAAUUUUGGAAUACAGGGGCGUAAAAAAAUCCAUUACAUCUACAAGAUAUCGAGGUCUCAACAAAGUGGAUUCGUAUCCAAAACUAGAAUAUUCGUCUUAACGAGAAUAUUAAACGAGAGGAUAUUCACAGACUAUACGAUUAAGAUACCGUUCAUUAAGAUUUAGUUAACAUUUCCAAGAGGACGACUCGAUAAAAUAUUCAAUUCAAAUUCCAGGUUUUACAAGCGAUAUCGGUCUUUGCCUUCGUCGCGAAUACAAUCAUCUUCCAUAAUCCAUAGAAAAGCCGUUCGUAACUAUACGUGAAAUGAUAUCUACAUAAUAGCCAUUGAACGCAUUUUCGCGUGUGAUUUGCGUCGUUUGCCUUAUUACCGUAAUUCUCAGUUAUUCAAAUUCCCAGCUUGCAUGGAGAAUUUCAUAACAAAAUGUGAUACGUUACUGGUGAUGAAGCAUAUUGAAAUGUUAUAUACACGCGUUCAGAAACAACAUUAUUGUUUUUUUUUUUGUUUCGCUUUUCCUCGAUGCGCAUAUCGGCAACGUGCAACAAACACGACCGUUAAGCUCUUCCAGUUCCAUACUUUCUGUCUCGAAAUCGAUAACUUCCCAGGUAACAGCAGCAAGAUCUCUCGCGACCAUGGGACUGUUCGCAGGAUGCGCCGCAUUUAUACGGAGUCGCGUGAAGCUGUAAUAAAGAGGAACGGGAAUAUGCGAGUCUUCAUUUAUAACAAUUUCGUGCUCAGUAUUGUGCUCGGUUUGUUUACGAAUGAAUCGAGCGCAAGCAGAACGCGUUUCGGCGUAUAAAUACAAUUUGCGGGAUGAAAAAAAUUGUUGUACAUACGAUUUUUAACGAGUUGUAACGCGCGUGUGAAAGGUUCUGCACGCUCGGGAUGUCUCUUUGGCAUGCAAAAGACCCGCCGGAACUUCAAGGUGGGAGGUGAAGUUUCGAGUUGAGAAUUUGUCAUUAAUUCUCAGCAACGUGCUGCGUCAUAGCUUAAGAAGGUAAUACGUCAUCGCGACAGGACGAAGGUACAUACACCGUUUUAAUUACAUAUAUGUAUAAUAGUGCAUUACUGUAUAUUCAUUUGGUUUAAUUUCUUUUUUUAUGCGGUUGUAUUGUAAUUACUGUCAGAUAUAUGUUUGGCACAAAUAGAUAACUAUUUUCUGAUAUGUUAUGUGGAUAAACUUUGAUAUCCAGAUAAUAUAAAAAGUACAAAAUCUUUCAAAUGUAAAUCAUUAAUAUUGAUUAAAAAUUAAAAACAGAGCGCAGAGAGAACAUAUAUGUGUGUAAACCAAUAAAUACUCAAAAGUCGAAAUGAUCGUUCUGACGUUCAGAUUUUAAUUCGUAUAUCAGCAAAAUUUUCAUAUAAUUAUUAUUAUCCUGUACGUUUAUCAGAGAAAGGUUUUUUUUUUAAAUAAUAAAUGCAACCAGACGUUUUAAUAUCUCAUUUGAUAGAGAAAUUUCGCUGUAGAUAACGAUGCAUAAAUUCUGCAUUACAUUCACCGUCGUUAUUUUCAAUCUCCAAUUAUUACACUUUGUUAUAUAGUUAAUUAACUUCGUCGACACAAUUAAACGCACUCGAUGUACAAAAACUGUACCUAGCUGAUACGUCUUUUCUGAUUACAACAGGAGAACACGAGGCACUUUAUAUUUACAUAUACCAGCAAGCUUUAGCUUUUCGUUUGCUUUGAAGUUGAACGGCAAUAUGUUUUGCGUCUUAUCGGGGACAUAUCUCCGAUAUUUACGGCGGCGUAAAGGCGAGUAAAGAAUUGUACAUACCCUUGUAUAUAACUACGCUGUAAUGUAUAAUAGUAAAGAAUUACUCUCGAAAGGAGGACUGAAGGACUUCGGAAGUCUCGUGUGUGAUUAAACGAACGCGAGAACGUCAAUCUCGCGUCCGAUAGGAAGAUAACAGAUAUUUAGCCAUAUUGUGAAAGUGUUCAAAUGGCGCGUUCCAAUUAUUGCGGAACAUCGCCAGUACAGAUAAAGAAUAUACGCGAGAACGCGCAAAAAACGCGCCCGUAUCUUCGCUCGCGAGGCGAGAUGUGUAGUUAUUAAAAGAGAA